UCUUUUCCCUAUUUCUAGGCGCCUAUGCCUACCAAGUAAAAGUCUCGGACACAGACUAUUCGCGGCAAACAUGCAGCGGAAUGUGGGCCAACCAGAACACAUUUAUCAACGUGACAUUCGAUGCGUCUUCUCAAGGCCAGCUCGCAAUGGUGAUCUACGAGUGGUCGGACGUCCAAUAUCUCGGAAAGAUUACAUCUUAUACGGACGAUGAACUACCGGUGCGUUCUGCCUCUCGCUGGUAGAACGAAUCAACCACCCGUGGUGG